AAACAUUUAGACUUUUAAACGUGCGCGAGUUGUGAUUGGCUCAGGACGAGGUCACGUGACGGAGCGACGCCUCGCGCUGCGGCGGUCAGCGAGUGCAAGUGUGCGAUAACAGCAGCAGUGGCUCUGUCUGGAGCUCACACUGUACAUUACAGAAGCCCCCUCCUCUGGAAGACGGUGUUUCUCCCAUUAUGGGCGACAAGAAAAGCCCAUCCAGGCCAAAAAGACAAGCCAAGCCCUCUGCAGACAACGGAUUUUGGGACUGUAGCGUCUGCACCUUCAAAAACAGUGCAGAGGCAUUCAAAUGCAGUAUAUGUGAUGUGCGGAAAGGUACAUCUACAAGAAAACCUAGGAUAAACUCUCAACUCGUGGCACAGCAGGUCGCUCAACAGUACACCGCCCCACCUCCAGCCAAGAAAGAAAGAAGGGAAAGGACAGAUAGAGACCUGCCUGACGACGACCACUUCGACAUGGACAACUCCGACUCGGAUAGGCUCAGCAGUCUCCACCCUGACUCCGACCAUCCCGAGAGAUUAGGUCUGGAUGGAGGUCAGCUGGACCGUGGACAUUCUCACAAGGAGCGGAGACAGGAGCGUGGUCUAGACAAACCGCAGUCGCUCCAUACAGACAGGAGGCCUGAGAUAGCAGGACUGACCCCAGACAUGCUGCAGCAGCAUCAGCACAACAGAGCAGACAGAGAGCACACGGACAGAGCAAUGCUGGACAAACUUCAGCACAUGGAUAAAGAUCAUCCGCACACGGCAGGCUCUGGGAUGCAGCCGGCAGAGAGGAUGGGUGCAGAGAGAGAGGAACUCAAAAAAGGAAAAAUAGAGAGAGCCAUGAUGGAGAAACACAAAGAGAGACCUAAAAGCCUCACGCCCAGUAAAAAACCCACUGCUAAGAAGAUCAAGCCCAAACUCAUUCAGAAAGGUCCAGCUGGGGAAAGUAACGGCAUGAAGGCUGGCAAGUCUGUCACGAAGAAUAACAAAUCUAUAAUUUCACGACCUAAACUGAAGAACGUGGACAGGAGCUCGGCUCAGCAGCUCGCUAUAACGGUGGGCAAUGUGACUGUCAUCAUCACAGACUUUAAGGAGAAGACUCGCUCCUCCUCCACCUCCUCCUCCACUGUCACCUCCAGCGCUGGCUCUGAGCAGCAGCACCUGAGCUCCAGCUCAGAGAGCACGGACAAGGGGUCAUCCCGCGCCUCCACCCCCAGAAGAGACCUUUCUUCCGGCCACAAUGAGACCAUGUGAAGGGGAAGAGAUUCACACAGAUUCCAGAGCUCCUACAGCCACACUCGUAACUGUACAUGGAAGAGGGAUCUUUCCAAUCCAUUCAGACAAUGUCCAUCUUGACACAUCGGCAGAAGUGUACCUGUCGAAAACCCUCGUGGAGCACCUUGUAGAUUGAUGUGUUGAUGUUCACGUGAGUCACUGUCAGGCCGAGACCCACUGUAUAUUCUGUGCCCUACUCCUUCCAGAUAUAAUCUAUGUUUGUGCACCACGGAAAGCAGCGCUCCCAAGUUUGCAUUAUUAUUGCUCAUUGUCAUUAAAUCGUGCAGACGGCUGUUUUGACUUUGUGUUUAGAACGUAGAAUCUUUAUGCUAAAUGUACAGUAUCUGAGCUCAUUCCUCCAUCUCUCAGACAGCUCUGAGUCACCGAUCUGUUGCUGCGGCUGUUUGUAGAAAGCGAGUUCUCGAC